AUGGACUCGCAAGUUCACGGCCAUUCGGUAUCUGCAGCCCGAAAGCAUCGCAGGCGCCUCAUCGCUAUAAGCCUCUUUUUAGCGCUGGUGUUACUUUGGUACCAGCUGUGCGGCUACCCUAGCCGCCCAAUUGUACCCCCGGCCACCAGCUGUCAUCAUCAUGCAGGAGACCCUGGAAGCCAAUGGGAUCACAAGCGAGACGCCAACACUCUGGUAUUUGACUCUCAGCGAUGUCAGGCUGCUUUUCCAGACCUCUUUGUUGAGGUUGACCGCGCUAAACAAGUGCGGGCCGGUACCCCUAUAACGUUUGCGGAAAUCGACUCUGUCACACCUAAAAACGGAUACAUCCGUGCGAUGAUAUAUGACCAACAGCUAUACGUCAUCGCUGUUAAUGGAACUAUAUACUCUCGGGAAUAUGCGACUCUACACGCCCUACACCGCGCGAUCGUCUCCUCCCCCGACCCACUACCAAAUAUAGAAUUCGUCUUCAACACCGACGACAAAGUCGAUUCGGUUGCGCAGUGGGGGUACGCCCGACGCGAAGAGGACACAAAUCUAUGGCUCAUGCCUGACUUCGGAUACUGGUCCUGGCCCGAGACCAAAGUCGGCACAAUGCAAGAAGUUCGCAUGAAAGCCGAACAGGAAGAACAAACAUGGACGUGGUCGGAGAAAAUACCCAAGCUUUUCUGGCGAGGCGCCACCAUGGACCUAGAGGUCCGUGAGAAGCUUAUUGAAGUCACCAAGAACCAGACAUGGGCGGACAUCAAGCCAAUAACUUGGCGCGAUAACGAAAGUAUGCAGAACGAUCUGAAAUCCAUGCCCGAACACUGCCAGUUCAAAUACCUCGCUCAGACUGAAGGAAAUAGCUACUCUGGCCGCUUGAAGUAUCUCCAGAGCUGCAACUCGGUAGUCAUCUCUCACAGCCUCGAGUGGAUCCAGCACCAGUCUCCUCUCAUGAAGAGUUCGGGACCAGAUCAGAACUACGUCGAGGUGCGUAGGGACUGGUCGGAUCUUUAUGAGAAAAUCCAGUGGCUUGAAGAACAUGAGGAAGAUGCUAGACGAAUCGCACGGAAUAAUGUCAAGAUCUUUCGUGAGCAGUAUCUUACCCCCGCUGCUGAAGCGUGUUACUGGAGACACCUCAUACGCUCUUGGGCAGAGGUGAGCUUUGAACCGGAAUUCUUCAGGGAAGCCGACGGCAAGAAAGUCGGGCGAGGAGUACCCGUUGAAUCCUUCCUGUUGAUACAACGUCUUGAAUGGGAUCCUUAUUAA